UUAAAGUGCAUCACUUCAGUUCUUGAAAGCAAUGAAGUGAAUCACGGACGGCUGCCAGUUAUGGCGAACAAGUCGCUUUUCUUCGUCACCUUUACUUUGCUGUUUUGGACAAUCAGAUGCAGUUACUCUACUAACACGACCGAUCUCUACAUCGGGGGAUUUUUUGGUGUCAAUAUCAAAAAAGGCGCUUGGAGUUCAGCCGCCCUUAUUCCAAUCUUAGAAAUGGCACUGGAGCACGUGAAUAACGACCCACGCAUUUUAGUGGGCUAUCAGCUGAAAUAUGUGUGGAACGAUUCCAAGUGUGAGAGUGGAUCAGGUAUAAGAGCAAUGCUGCGAAUGAUUGACACUCCUCCACACAAGAUUGUUUUCCUGGGUCCCGGAUGUUCUGUAGCAACAGUACCUGUUGCAGAAGCCGCCCCUUAUUGGCAGGCAGUGCAGAUUGGGUACAGCACGUCAUCGCCACAAUUUUCAGACAAGGAGAAGUUUCCUUUGUACUUUAGAACGAGCACCUCUGAAACAAUGGAAAACCCGUCUAGAGUUGCACUUUUAAGACAUUUUAAGUGGAAAAAAGUCGGCCUCAUAGUACAAAACUUGGAUAUUUACGUACUGACCAAAGAGGCACUUAUUCCAAUGUUGGAGGAAUCAAACAUUACCAUAAUCGCAGCAGAGAGCUUCAAAAAUGAUCCGUCUUCAGCAGUCAAGUAUUUACUCAAGGAGAGAGAUGCGAGAAUCAUAAUUGGUCUGAUGUACGAGGACAUGUUCAGGAAAGCUAUGUGCACGGCCUACAAGGAAGAAGUAUAUGGCAGAAAAUACGUGUGGAUCAUAGUUGGCUGGUACAACGAGGACUGGUGGACAAAAACAGACGUGGAAUGCGAAGGGGAACAGAUGUUAGAGGCUGCGGGUAGUUUGAUAGAAACUCAACCCCUAUCUAUUAGUGCUUCACAAGAACCCACAAUAUCAAACAGGACUGCUGCUGAACUGAAAACAGAUUACGAGGACAGACUUAAAAAGCUUAACUUCACUUACAACAUGUAUGCAGCCUUUACGUAUGACGCCGCUUGGAGUAUUGCCCUUAUGUUGAAUAAGUCCAUUCCUCUGCUUCGAGAAAAGAACAAAACCUUGGAAACGCUGAAAUAUGGCGAUAAAGAAGCAGCUGAGAUCAUGAGAGAUCUUCUGUUCCGUACAGACUUCUGGGGAAUGUCGGGUCAUGUGACGUUCGACCGAAAGUAUGACAGAGAGACGGUGGUGCAAAUUUCUCAAAAUAUACGGGGAAAAAGGAAAAGUGUUGCCAUGUUGGAUAUCCGUAACGGAUCAUUAAUUCUCCUUAACGACAGUUUUGAAUGGGAAGGCGGCCGAAUACCAGGAGAUGGUGUCACAGUUAUCCAAAAAGUGUUCCAAGAAAGACCCGGGACAACGGUGACCUUUUACGUGUUGGCUUGUGCUGGAAUACUGUUCUGUUUGCUUUGUUUACUACUUAACUUCGUUUAUCGAAAGCAUAGGUUCAUAAAAAUGUCAUCUCCAAAGUUCAACAAUAUCACUGUCGUUGGAUGUCUAUUGUCAUAUACUGAAGUGUUUUUAUCAGCUUACAGUAACUCUUCAUCAGCAGAAUACAAUACCUCACUAUGCUACAUAAAUGCUUGGCUACUCUCUACUGGUUUCACCCUGGCAUUUGGGGGAAUCUUUGUCAAGACUUGGAGAGUUUACAAAAUAUUUACAAACAACCAGAUGAAAAGAGAGCUUGGAAAGCUUAGUAACAUCAGUCUUUUCUUGAGGUUAUGUGCUUGUUGGUUUAUAGACGUUAUAAUUUUGUCAACUUGGGCAGCUAUUGAUCCACUUACGAAACAACUCAAGAUGAUCGACGAGGAGGCUGAAGAUAAUGACGAUGAUGUUACGGAGGAGCUGCUGAUUCAUCAAUGCACUUCUAAGUAUUACGUGACGUGGAUGAUGUCGAUCUGCGGAUUCAAAGGGAUUCUAUUGAUUUUUGGUGUUUUCCUGGCCUGGGAGACAAGAAAUGUUACCUAUCCUUCACUGAACGACUCCAAGAACAUCGGUUUAGCAGUCUACAAUGUAUUCAUGUUUUCGUGCUUAGCUAUUGUGACUGAAUUCGUGGUGACCUAUCCACCUCUUCAAAUUUUGGUUGUAAGAUGUAUCGUCUUCGUUGGGACCACGUCGACAAUUUCUUUGUUAUUUGUUCCAAAAAUUCUACGCUUAGGGAAACAGAAUCAGAUAGAUUCAAUGUCUGUCACAGAACCAAGCCGGAGUGAGUUUGAAACACGCGGGGCGACUAAUUCUGAAAUGCGAAUAGAGACGUACAAGAGCAAAAGCUAGAUCUCGCGCUAGAUCUCGUAGGACUCCUAAAGAUCUCCGACGAAGGGAAAUCAUCAGUGGAUGGUUAAAGUGAAAUUUUCAUGAGCCAAACUUGAAAAGUUGAAUUAAGUAUAUAAAAUGUUCGACGUCUAAAUGGAUCAAGAACGGUUUCUUCAUUCAGGAAUGGUUCGACAGCUCUUCCCGCCUCACUUGUGUCGAACCAAAUUCAAAAAUCAAUCUAAACUAUUUGAAAGAAGUUCUCCAGGAUCAAUAAAGAGAACAGCUGCGCCGACCGAUCAAAUUCGAUGCUUGAAUCAGCAAGUCAAAGCACUUCUUUUCGAGCUUGAGUUGGUCCAAAUUCGAAUAACCUUCGUCUCAUGAAAAGUUCGGCAUCCGAACUGAAUGUCAUUGAGCAAGGCUGAGGAUAAUUUGAAAAUAUUUAACAGUUAUCUUCGUGUAGUAAGAACAACUGCUCAGACAUCACCUCUUCUCAGCUGAAGAUAAGACAUAUGAAACGAAGUUGAUAAGCAAUUUCGAUUUUGAUGGUAGAGUUUCAAAUGAGCUCUUUCAUGAAAAUAAUCGGGAUCUUUCAAUUUUAAAGCAGGAAAAAUUUCGAGAGCCGCUACCAGACAUCACUCCGUCUCUACAUCUGACUCUACCCACACUGAUGCAUUCCUUUUUGCCUAGGGUUGAUUUUUCAGUAAUUCUCACCAUCUCAAUUUUUUAAUUCUGUACAAGAAUUUUCCUAGAUGUAUAAUUUGUAUGCACUGUGCAAAUUUUACGAUAA